GCCAACGACGGUUCGAAUAAAAACGACGGCGUCUUAUAAAUACUCCUCAUAUGUAUAUAGCCCGUUGCUUUGCACUGCAAAUUUGCAAUUUCUCGAAUCCACCGGACCGAUAGAGGAGCAGCUCGCUUUUGUGAUGAGGCCGAUGCCGAUGGACUUCUUCGCAGAAAUGGACGACCAGCCGUCUACGGUGGCGAUGGACGUGGACGACGUGGACCCGCUCGAGAUCUUCGGCGAAGGCGUCAUCUCCAUUGACAACAAGCUCGCCGACGCCGACUUCUUCAACGCCUUUGAAGACGACUUCGACGACUCCGACAUUAAUUGACCACCAUCUUUACAAUUAUUAUCACCAUGUAUGAUGCUUAUUUUUAGGGUUUGUCUGUGUUAGACUGCUCCUGUGUUAAUCAAGGAAAGGGCGUGUCGGGAACGUUGUGUGUGGUUGGAUAUUUUAUUGUAUGGUUAAAUUGAAUACAUAUGAAGAGACGCAGUUUCGACUA